CUGACGCCCAAGUUCCAACCGAUGCUCAUCCCGCCGCUGCCCUGGCGCUCGCAUGACUCUGGAGGCCACCUGAUAAUGCGCGGAAGCAUCAUGCGAGUGCACACGUACCCGAAGGGCGUCAGCCGCGCGAUAGAGACUGCUCAAGAGCGCACGCCUUACGGCCUGUCCAGGGUGUACGAUGCUCUGAAUGCUGUUGGGGAGGUGCCUUGGGCCAUCAACAAGCCGAUGCUGGCUGUUGUUGAGAGGGCGUGGGCUGCCCAGCUGCCGAUCUGCGGGCUGCCCGUGAAAUACGUCGACCAGAAGCCCCAACCCAAAUCCACUGCCAAGAGAUUCCGCACCCACCACCACCGGCAUCAGCUGCAGCUGCUGCUCACAAGCCAGGAGACAGGUGCAGAGAGGACCAAGCGCAUGAAAGGCAACCGGCUUCUCAACAAGCGCAUCCGGGAGACGCACUCUCUGCGCUGCGACCUCAACCUCAAGCUCGGGGUGGCGAACGAGUUCAAGGAUGAGCUCAGGUUUUAUUUCCCCCACAACCUCGAUUUCAGGGGGCGCGCAUACCCUCUGCACCCCCACCUCAACCACAUGGGCCCGGAUGUGUGCCGAGGCCUGCUCACCUUUGCAGAGGCUCGUCCCCUCGGUCCAGAUGGCAUCGGCUGGCUCUAUGUGCUGAUUGCCAACUCGUGGGGCAAGUCCAUCGACAAAAUGGACUUCGAGGGGCGUCGGCAGUUUGCGCAGCGCAACUUGGAAGCCGUACUGGACUCUGCAGAGCGGCCGCUGGACGGCCACAGGUGGUGGACCAAGGGGGAGAAGCCAUGGCAGUUGCUGGCAGCUUGCAUGGAGGUGCGCGAUGCGCUGGCGUCUGGAAAUCCGGCGGCGUACCUAUCGCGGCUGCCGGUGCAGAUUGACGGCUCCUGCAACGGCCUGCAGCACUACGCCGCGCUUGGCCGUGACAAGGCCGGAGGCAGCGCCGUCAACCUGCGACCCGCGCCAGCCCCGCAGGACGUGUAUGGAGAAAUUGCGGUAGAGGUGAAUAAAAUGGUGGCGGCCGACGCGGAAAAGGGCGUGCCGGAAGCGCUGGCACUGCAGGGGCACAUAAACCGCAAGCUGGUGAAGCAGACGGUGAUGACGAGCGUGUAUGGAGUCACCUACGUCGGAGCGCGGCAGCAAAUCCAAAACAGGCUGCUGGAGCGCGGCUGGAGCAACAACGACCAGCUCUACCGCUGCGCCAGCUAUGCCGCCAGAUUGACGCUACAGGGGCUGGAGGAGAAGUUUGACAAGGCGGUCGGCAUUAUGCGCUGGCUCGGGCAGUGCGCGUCGAUUGUGGCCAGCCAAGGGAACGCCGUCGCAUGGCACACACCCCUGGGCCUGCCAGUCUUGCAGCCCUACCGCGAGAAGUACAAGCACGUGGUGCAGACGGUGCUGCAGCGGCUGAUCCUGAUGCAGGAUCGGGAGGGGCUGCCGGUGCUGAGGAGGCGUCAGAAGAGCGCGUUCCCUCCCAAUUAUGUCCACUCCCUCGACUCCACCCACAUGAUGAUGACCGCCCUCGCCUGCAAGCAAGCAGGCAUCGCGUUUGCGGGAGUGCAUGACUCGUUCUGGACGCAUGCGGGGGACACUGCGGUACUUGCGCGGAAGCUGCGCGAGACCUUCGUGGAGCUUCACUCGCAGCCCCUCCUGGCGCAGCUUCUCAGCGAGAUGAAGGUGCGGUAUCCGGAGCUGGCACAGAAGUUUCCACCUCUUCCAGAGACUGGAGAGCUCGAUCUCAAUGAGGUUCUGGACGCUGAGUAUUUCUUCGGCUGA